AUGGGCAAAGACAAGGACAAGCUAAAAGUCGAGGAUGAGGAGCAAACGUCGGAUGCAGAUCCACCAUACUUCUAUUGCCGUCGCAACCCUACCAUCCCUCGUCAGGACCAACCAAGACCGUACGCCUUCCUGCAACGCAUUCUUAGUGAACAUCCUAUCCGAACCGACCAUGUUGACGAGUACGGCGGUAUUGACGACCUCGGCACUUCCCUCAGUGCUCCUCUCAACAAUGUCAAUAUCAGUGAUCAGUCCGUCUCAAUAGCUGUACAAGCAGGCUCCGGUGCCAUUGCUGCUGUUCAGAAUGGCCUCAACUUGCGAGAAGCAGCCAACACAUUAGCAGAGACAUCCCUAUCACCCGAGACUCACACUCUCAACGGAGAGGCUACAGCAGAAUCAGCGACAACAAAUGCCAAUCAUGCCUCUACCGAGAAGGCAGGCGUGGAAGAAGAGCUGCCAUGGUUUUCCCAACUAUCGGCGUAUCCACAACUACGAUCUGCUGGUAUCCCUCUCGUGCCAGAUGAUGCCUCCUCAAGUAAAGUCGGCUCCAAGAAGCGUCAAAGUACCGCAGUUCCCUCUUCAGCCGCCAUAAAUGGUCUUCAUGGCAACUCAAGACCAAGUUCUUCUUCUUCUUCUUCUUCUUCUUCAUCGGCAGCACUACUCAAUACAACUUCCGCUCCGCUGUCUCGCGUCACAUCGUCAACGACCGCCUCAGUAGCGACGAUGGAGGCAUUGCAUCGAAGCGGUUCACCAGCCUCGCUCUCAGAAGCUGUAGCUCGAACGCAAAAGACGAACGCUAGCCUAGCCAUUCCAUUGACCUCGACACUCUCAUCGACAGGCUCGAUAGCAUCCAACAUAAGUUCAGCCACACUACCACCAGAUUCCAGAGUCGCAGCUGGAUCUCUCAACACAAUACCCAUGCCAGCCGGCUCCACAGCCAGCAUAGCGACAGCACCUCGCAUCAGCCCUUCAUCUUUAUCUAGCUUACCGCUUGCUGGAGCAUCAUCCGCCAAUGCUUCAACAGCUCCUGACUUCCAAGAAGAUCUCCUGCCACCAGACAACUUUGCCAUGGUUAAUUCUCACGUCUAUCGAUCCUCCUUCCCUAAAAAGAAACAUUUCCCCUUUCUUCGCACUCUCGCUCUUCGCUCCGUUCUUACUCUGAUCCUGGAAGAAUAUCCAGAGACUAACUCUCAGUUCCUUGACCAAAACGGGAUCACCUUUUUCCAAUUCGGUAUUCCCGGUAACAAGGAACCUUUUGUCUCCAUUCCAACCGACAAGAUCACCGCCGCACUCACAACCAUCCUCGAUCGUCGCAAUCAUCCCAUCCUCAUCCACUGCAACAAAGGCAAACAUCGCACAGGCUGUCUGAUUGGAUGUUUGAGAAAACUGCAACAGUGGAGUCUGACAACAAUCUUCGACGAAUAUAGAAGGUUUAGUUGGCCAAAGAGUCGAAGCAUGGAUCAAGAGUUUAUUGAAUUGUACGAUGAAAGAUCUGUUUGGAGAGAUAUUCAUCUUCCCUGGUUACCAAAAUGGUCAGUGUUGCCCUUGGCGAGUUUGAAUUUGCAUAAUAGUAAAGGCAGGAAGGUGAUUGACAUUGAGGAUCAGUUGGAUGGCGGUGGUAAUCAACCAGAAGGAGAGGCGGAUCGAGAUGAGCCGUAUCAAGACUCUUUGUCGAUUUGGAGAGGCAUGUAA